AUGACUGACGUCGCAGACGGACGGCUUCCGCUCCUGGUGGGAAGCGUGGUGGUGGCAGGGGCGGCAAGGGUGGCAGGGGUGGCGGAGGUGGCGGUGGAGGGAGCGGUGGUGGAGGCGGCGGGGGUGGUGGAGGUGGUGGGGGUGGCCGUGGGGGUGGAGGCGGUGGGUGGGGUGGCGGCAGGACCGGGGGCGGUGGAGGCGGCGGCGGCGGUGGUGGGGGAGGAGGCAGCGGCAGUGGCGGUGGAGGUGGGAGUGGGGGUGGAUCUGGCCAGAAGGGCUUAG